GAUGGAUAAAAUAGAAGACACUCUAACUGGCACAGCUCAGAUCCCAGAGUUGGAGUCACGUCAUCAGUGCGCGACGCAGCGUGCAGGACUGUGAAGGACGCAGACCAGAGAAGCUUGUGAUGAAAUAAGAAGAAGAAUAUAAAGGAGGACGUGGUCAUGAUGGCGGUGUCGUGUCUAACUCGAGCCCUGCGCUCCCUGACUCUCUCCCAGCAUGCUCUGCUCUCCUCUCAGGCGGUUGCACAGACCAAGCUGAGAUCUCAGGUGUCCAGUACAGUCGAGCAGUGCAGAGGCUUCCUCACCACGGCCUCUCUGGAGCAGAACAGGACGUUUUGGAAGCAGAGGGAGAAAUACACCAUCAAGCCUAUAGGAAUGAAGAAGACAGGAGGCAGAGAUCACUCAGGAAAGAUCCGGACACAUGGCAUCGGCGGUGGCCACAAACAGAAAUACAGAUGGGUAGACUUCCAGCGGCUACGCUACGAGCCAACCAAAGAGGCCCAGCCCUUUGAAGAGAAGGUCGUUGAAGUGCGAUACGACCCAUGCAGGUCUGCUGACAUCGCCUUGUUGGCCGGAGGCAACCGCAAAAGAUGGAUUAUUGCUACAGAGAACAUGCAGACUGGAGACAUUAUUAAAACAUCUGGAGUUAUCGGACGCAUGGCAGUCUCAGCCAAUGAGGGCGAUGCCUACCCACUGGGAGCUCUUCCUGUGGGGACGCUGGUGAACAACCUGGAGAUCCAACCAGGGAAGGGAUCAGAGUACAUUCGUGCUGCAGGAACGACUGGCGUUUUGCUCCGUAAAGUCAACGGAACGGCAAUCAUUCAGCUUCCUUCAAAGCAGCAGGUUCAGGUACUGGAGACCUGCAUGGUGACGGUUGGACGCGUGUCCAACAUCGACCACAAUAAACGGAUCAUUGGCAAAGCCGGUCGCAACCGCUGGCUCGGCAUCCGCCCUUCGAGCGGCUUGUGGCAGAGAAAGGGAGGCUGGGCCGGACGCAAGAUUAAACCGCUGCCUAAGAUGAAGAUCUACGUCAACCUUCCCUCCAUCUCCGCUACGUAACACGCUGGACUGUUUGUUGUCUCUUGCUUAUGAUGAAAUAAUGUUCGGAUAUAAAGAAUGAAUAAAGACGAGUUUGUACAGAAGAUUAAAAAUUUUAUUAAACACAACUGCUUGUGAGAGCAUGGAAAGAAACAAAACAAUAUAAAAAUCCAAAACAUAUUUACAUCUAUAGUAAAACAUGCAGAGUAAUCCAUAUUUUUAGUGGUAAAUUUAAAAAUACUGUCAUGUCAUUUAAAAUAGGGUUUGUGCAAAGACACUGGGUGGCAUUUCAAGUAACAGGAACAAUGAGAUGGCAUUUUGUAAUUGUAGUUUGACCGUUAAUGGAAAACUAAACACUGAUGUUAAGAGUUAAUUUAACAAAGUGAGCAUGCCUGCUCAUUGAUCCAGUCCUGUAAAACACCCCCAUGCUACCUCUAGAUUUAGGGCAAAAAAAA